AUGGACUUGACCUCGGUUCAUGACCUCAAAGGCGCCCUGCGCAGGGACUUCUUCCACGGAUAUGCGACGGCAGCGCCGCAAGUUGAAGGAGCUUGGAACAAGGAUGGCAAAGGACCUUCGAUAUGGGAUACGUUCGGGCACACACCAGGUAAAGUCAAAGAUAACAGCAACGGGGAUGACGCUGUGAGAUCCUACGACUUCUACCGCGAGGACGUUGCUUUGAUGAAGUCGUAUGGUGUCAACGCCUAUCGAUUCUCGCUAUCGUGGUCGCGUAUAAUCCCACUCGGAGGGGCUGAAGACCCCGUCAAUGAGCAAGGAAUCAGGUACUACCAGAACCUGAUAGAUGAACUGCUCAAGAAUGGUAUCACACCAUUUGUGACUCUCUUUCACUGGGAUGUCCCGCAAGCCCUAGAAGACCGGUACGGAGGCAUGCUGGACCAGGAGAGGUUCGUUCCGGACUUUGUUCGCUACGCGCGUGUCUGCUUCGAACGGCUGGGGCCAAGGGUCCGUCACUGGAUUACAUUCAAUGAGCCAGGGGUAUACUCGCUGGCAGGCUAUGCGGCCGGUGUUCAUGCCCCUGCUCGGUCAUCCUUUCGAGAGCUGAACGAGGAGGGUGAUUCCUCCACAGAGCCGUUCAUCGUAGGCCAUACAGAACUGGUGGCUCACGGGCAUGUUUCUAAGCUGUAUCGCGAGGAGUUCCAACCGCAACAAGGUGGAACAAUUGGCAUCACCCUUCAUGGAAACUGGUCGGAACCGUGGGACGAGGAUGAUCCCCGCGACCAGGAGACAGCAGAACGGGCCCGUGAGUUUGAGAUUGCCUGGUUUGCAGAUCCCCUAUACAAGACGGGCGACUACCCAGCCUCAAUGCGGGCUCAGCUCGGCGAUCGCCUGCCGCGAUUUACUCCGGAAGAGUCGAAACUGGUACUGGGUAGCUCGGAAUUUUACGGCAUGAACUCGUACACGACCUUCUUUGUGCAGCACAAGGACACACCCCCAGAUAUCAACGACCACAAGGGCAAUGUCAUUGUCCACGAUACGAACAGCAAAGGUGUGUCUCGUGGUGAGGAGUCUGAUACACCUUGGUUGCGGAUGGCACCAACUGGAUGGCGCAAGCUGCUGAACUGGAUUUGGGCUAGGUAUCGUAUGCCCAUAUAUGUGACGGAGAACGGCACAACAGCAAAAGGAGAGACAGCCCCCACACCGGAGGCACUUAAUGACGUUUUCCGUAUGCGAUUCUUUGAAGGCUAUGUUGGUGGAUUGGCCCGCGCUGUGAAAGAGGAUGGAGUGGAUAUCCGGUCAUACUUUGGCUGGACAUUCACCGAUAACUGGGAAUGGGCCGCUGGCUAUUCGGAUCGAUUUGGCAGCACAUUCAUCGACUUUGAUUCUCCGGAGAAGACUCGAUACCCCAAGCAAUCGGCGUAUUAUUUGAAAGAGCUGUUUGAGCAUCUUAUUGCUCAGUAA